GGAACGGAAAGUCUCAGAGAGUAGAGUAGUUGAAUAAGAAGUGAGGUACAACCAAGGAGCGGACGUCGAAUGGAUGUGUGCCUGUGUUUGAAUGUACAGCUGUCACUUUAAUUACUACAUAUCAUUAACUGCAUAGAUAAGAAACAAAUUUCAUUAAUCUGUAUGAUAAAAUGUCCGGACAAGGGUCGCAACGAUUCCGAAAAUCUUCACCCUGCUCAUCAUCAAAGCAAGGUCCAAUGCGAGCAACAUUACCUAUGUCUUCGUUAUUAAGGCAGGGCAGUAAUUUAAGAAAAAGUAAAAGUAACAGCCCUACCUUAUCGCCGACAUCUGCGUGGAAAACUGUGAUUUCACCGGACACCUCAUUGUCUGGUCAGAGAAGCCCAGGAUCCUUGAGUUAUAAAGCAAAAUCAAAAACUCUAAAUUCUCGAUCAAGUAACAGUUUCAGUGGGGGCAGUGUGAUACGCCGCACAGCCUCUUUGGAUACAAUUUAUCUGAAGGGUCAGUGGCCAAGAGAGAAGUUUUACAUGUACUGUGGACAUUUACUGGUUGACAAAUCAACACAGACUGAGGAAUGGACAAGUGAACAAAGAAAGUUGCAUCGGUGUCAAGACUCUAGUGGAAAUGAAGAUAAAUUGGAAAAAUAUAUAAGACGAUUGCAAAGAGCAAACAAGGACAGUCCCAGUAGCCGGGAGCGAACAGCCGCACUUGGCCUGAUUCUUCAGCCCACUGCCACAAUGCCAGCAACUGUGUCCAUACCUUCAGCUGCACUGACUAUACAAAGUGGAGGGGAAUUGCAACACAGUGGAGUGUUGCUGCCCAGCACCGGCACAAACACAACCUCUUCCUCCUCCGCCUCCUCGUCUUCAUCUACUUCAUCAGCCACUGCCAUGGGUGCAUCCCACUCUAAAGCAGUCCCAGUGAACAUUCCUGUGAAACCAUUGGUGCCUCGACCUCCCAUAAGGAACUCAAUAGAAGGGCUUAACCAAGAGAUUGAGAGGCUGGUGCUCAAAUCAAAUGGAGCUCAAGAUACUGAGAGAGAAGAAGAGAAGUUCCAGACAUACCAGGCUACACCCGAGGGCCACCGUGCACCACUGGCUGAUCUUCUCAGGUCCACUCGCUCAGUGAACACUCAAACUCCAGCUGGUGGAGAUUUCACUGGAAGCUCACAGUCUUCAGGACCUCCAUCUCGUGAGUCAUUUUCCCCUCUCAUUCCUGGUGUAAUGGAUAUUUCUAGACCUCCAAGUGAUCUUCAGGGUGGCAGCAGGGGUUCAUCACCUGACCAAGAGACUGGUAAACUGGGGACUUCACCACACAUCAACAAGUUCCUUGCUAGAGAACCACCUGAUGGGUGUGAGAAAGUUAAUCUAAAGUUUGUGGAAGACACCAGGAGACCAAUGAUAGACCUGAGCAAAUUGGACUACUGUCCUCUGAAACCUAAUGUGACGUUCCAGUUGAAACCCAGUCUUGGGUCAGCAUUUCUCCCACUUCAGCAGCCAGCCCGGAUGAUGAUGGAUGAAGCCAGUGGGAUAAUUAAUGGGGAAGUGAGUCCCACCUCUGCAGCUGUUGACACUCCCAAUAGUAAUAAUGUACAACAACCACCACCACCACCAUCACCAUCACCACCACCAACACCACCGCCACCACCACCACCAUUAGUGCCACAACUUCAGGGAAUGGGUAUCGACAGUUGUGCCACCCAUACUCCCGCCCCCUGUAGCAAUGACCACAGUAGUGACCACACAGGGAUAUAAUAGUAAUCAGUUAUAACUAAUUGUUAGAAAGUACUGUUCUGUUGCUGGAGGUGUCUGAUGUUCUAGCUUCCUCGACUUCUUAAUAUAAAGUUAUGCUGGUAUGGGAGAGUCAUAGUGUGUUACAGGGGCAAAAGCUUUUCUCUUUCAAAUGGAAGGCACCAAGAUCUCGUGUGGCAUAGUUCAGCAUUGACACACGAGAACUCUCUUGGCUUCAUCACCACCACACAAUAUUUGCUAACAAGAGAAAAAAUUUGAGAGCAAGAAAACUAGAAUGUAAAGAGACUUUUACCAGUUAUAAACGUUCAGUUGAUCAGUUUAGUUCUGAUAACAAGAAGGACAAAACAAUAGUCCAGAUGCAUUCAUCUUUGCAGAUAAUGACAUUGUUUGCAACCCUUACAUGACGCCAACUGAUGGUACUUCAGUUACAGAAUACUUUGCAAAUGUUGUAUAGUACGGUGUAUAACAUUACAGCUCAGUUUCAGUUACUGUUUGUUUUGUGUCAGCUUUCUUUGAAUGUGUCUUAAGUGUACUGUUCUUAACAGUUUACGUAUUGAAUGUCAUAUUAAUAUGUUGCUUAUUAUACAUUAUUCUGCAGUUCUGUGUAGACAGUGGAAUUUAUUUUUGUUUAUGCAUCAGUGAUUUGGCAUUAGACGCCAUCACAUAUAAAAAUGGUAGUUCAGCCAUAAAUUCAAAGCCAAAAAAUAAUAUGUAUAAAAUAUAUUUUAUUUAGUUUUACUUUAUUUCAUUUAUUUACUAACAAGUUUAGUAGAGAAUUUUCUUUGGUCAGUGACCAAUAAUGUAAUAUAAAUUUAAGGGUUAGCAUGAAAUAAAAUCCAUUUACCAGCAGACUUUUAUACUGCCAGGGUCCUAGGGUUCCUGUUGCCCUUAAUUUUAUAUUCCUUUAACAUAUAGAUGUUUUCCUUUCUAUUUUGUGACCAAUACUGGUGCAACUAGGUGGGGGUGUUGAGUGUGGGGUCUUGGGUUGAAGCCUAGCUGCAGACUGAGCUGGAAUAUUGUAUCCAAAUAUUUUAAGAUGAAAUUAGGAAUACUGAAUGACUCAGAAGCGUGUAAUAUAUAAGCAACACCAAGUCAGCAGGUAGCUGGGUUAUUGAGUUAACAGUCCUUAACUGAAAUUGAAAGUAUAAAUAAGCUGCAUAGAAAAAUCUGGGAAUUGUUUCAUGCAUUUACAAGAGAAUGAUUUGGUGUAUGAUUUUUUAUUAAUUAUGUUAUAAUAUGAGACAAUUUUAAGACGAGCGAACAGAAGCUUUGAAAUUUGGAAAAGGGGGCUGGAGUGAAAUUGAACAUUAUAGGAGUUGUGUAUAAUAAUUUCAAAUUGAAGAUGCAAUUUGCUGUGCAUUCUGUGGUAACUGAACGGAGAUGACUAAUAGUAUCUUACUUUCCAUUUCUUGUGUGAGGUUGUUAGCUCACUUCCCAGUUACCCAAUCCCCAUCAUUCGCCACUCAUUUUCGAGUAGCUCAGUUUUGUUUUUCCACCUUAACAGAAUUAGGGGGGAAAAUGGAUCAAGUACAAAAGUUCUUAUAAGGCUGAUUGUUUGCAUUUGUAAGGGACUACAGUAUAUAUUUAAACAAAAUGGCUACUGAAUUGGAAAAUGUGAAUUUUUUUUAGAAUCUGAAGAAGUGUCAGGGAGUGUGUUAAUAUUUUAUCAUCUAUAGACCAUGGUGUGUUUGUUGUGAUUGUGAGUUGUUUUUCCUCCACAAUUUUGUAUGUGAACAUAGUAAGGCUGUAAAUUAUCGGUAUCUUUUGUGACUUUCCUUUUAAGAUUGAAAAUCAAAGUUUGGGAAAAAUGUUCUCAGGCUUCAGUGUUAGGGUGUAGUAUGUGAACACUCCUACUGUUUAAUCCCAUGAGCUGUGAGUUGCAAGAAUAGUAAUAGGCUUCGCUGUUGAUUUUGGCACAGUUUUCAUUAAAACUAUCGAAGUCUUGCAAUGACUGAAGUCCAGUUUAUGAUUGCGUUCAUCAUUAACCUUAUGGAAACUUGUAACUUGGCAUACUUCAGUGGUCUGAUAUGUGGGAGUGCUGUUAUGAUUACAGGUGCAUUAUAUGGUUCUUGUCUAAUAAAAUCACAAAUUACCUGUUAGUAUAAAUACAUUUGUUUUUAAUAGAUAGUAAAAUGUUCAACAUUGCAAAUGAGCAUUUUCAUUUUUUCACUGAUUUAUGUUGAAUUAUUCAUGUUGAUAAAAUUUUGAAAACAUGGGCUAAAGAACAAGAAAUGUAUAUGGCAUUUAUUUGCUGUAAUGUUGGUUUCUUUGGAACGUAACUCACACUUCAUGGGUUUAAGAUCAAUAAAGGAGAAUGACAGUAGUCACUGUGUUAUGUUGGUAAUUUACAAGAAUAUGGCACAGAACAGUACAAAUCCACUUGACUCGGCUUCAUCUUUAACUGCCCUUGCUUCUCCAGUUGGAAUAAUAUGAUUUUUUUAAUCAUUAUCUGGAAAAAAUUUUAAUGUUCAUGGUAAAGACUGAAGAAAAACAUUAAAAGCCUCAAGUUAAUUCUGUUUUGGAAAUAAAGCGUUAGUCAUUACUGUUGAUAGAUCUGUUUUAAUGUUGCAGCUCUGUUAAUUCUGUUGCUUGAAAUUGUCGUCUAACUGGUAACAAACUCAAAAGUAGAGGUCCCUCAAAAUAUAUUUUCCCAUUUCCGUCCCUCAUCCGAUCAAUUGUAUAACUGUAAGUUUAAAAAGUGUACAGUAAAGAGAAAUGUGAAUCCCAUGAUAACUUUUAAAGUAAACUUAAAAAAAUAGCCCUUGAUUAUUACGCUUAAUCUGUGCAGGAAUUAACAUUAUGUUAAGAAAGGAAAAGAACCACAUUGUAAAAUGGUUUUCAUUUCUUUGAAAGGCUCUGAGAGACGAACAAAAAUUGAAACAAAGAUAGCUUCGGCAAUGAACAAAUAUAUGAGAGCAGUAGUAUACUCCAUGCUUAAGGGUCCAGAUUCAUAAUUAUAAAUAUUUUUAUAGUUGUUCAACAAUCCUCAGAACUAACUUUUGUAGAGAAAGUGACAAGUUAACUGUAACCAAAGUUUUGUGUUUAUGGCAGCUUAAGUUAACUGUCAUCUCCUGAUAUUUGUCCAUGAAUUUCAUUUCUGUGUAUCAUGUGUUUUGUCAGCAAGAAGCAGUGUUUAUAAGGCAGUGUAAUGGAUUUAAAUACAAAAAAAAAAUUGUUUAUUUGAAAAGUACAUG